AUGCCAUUCUUCAUAAAUCGUAGAUGGACAAUCUUGAUUCAUAUAAUAGGGAGGAGGAAAGAUUCGGAGAUAUAACUUAUGCAGUAGGAUUGGUCUGAAUAUAUAAGAACAGCAAGAGAAGACUUAUAGUUUAGGGAACAAGGAAAGCAGAGAAAGAGUAAUUAAGGAGUUAGUCUAGGAAGAAAUACAGUAAGGUAUUUAAGGUAUUGGAGAAACACUUAAAGGAUUAAGAUGUAAAAUAGCUUGGAAAUCCUGUCAGACGCGGAUUCAGUUAAGAGCCAACGGAUGUUCAGAAAGAUGAAGAUCGGCUCCCUAGAUUGUAUAGUUGUUCAAGAAAAAAGUAUAGUAGAAAAAGAGGCAUUGAUAUAAUAAAUUUUUAACCAAAAUCGAUUAAGCUCCUAAGUAGGAAAAUAAGAACAUCUCUCUAGUACCAGAGAAUAUUUUCCUCGAAGAUUGAGGAAACCAUAAUUACCUUAAGCAUUUCGUCAAAUUGAAUUGAAAAUUCCUAGAGAGACCAAAGAAAAGAACUGA